GGUGCAAAGGCCGAGAGAACGGGACUGUCGGUACUAGACCUUGUCAAGCACGCCGCCAUGGCCAUCAUCGAGAUCCUCGACGAGAAGGACAGAUUGGGUGUGGUCGUGUCAAGCACGGAAUCCAAGGCCGUACAGGAUCUCACCGUCAUGACGGAGGAAAACAAGGACGCUGCUCGUGCGAGGAUCAGGGACGUCAGCGUCGAGGGGUGUACUGACCUGUGGCGCGGCAUCCUCGAUGGCAUCAGGAUGAGGCAGCCCGAGCUUUACAGUCCGAGUGUCACAUCCGUUGUCGUUCUAACCGACGGUAUAACCAACCACAUGAACGUCCCUCAAGGCGUCAUCCCCAAACUGCAGGACAUGCCGUGCCCACCAUCCACGAUGUUCACCUUUACCUUCGACUACGAUUGCGACUCAUGCCUUCUCGAGUCGAUAGCCGAGCUCUGUGGUGGGAUAUAUGCCUUCACACCAGAUGCGGGAAUGGUCGGAACCGUCUUCAUCCGUGCCGUGGCCAACGUGCAGUCUACCUUUGCUAGAGAUCCUUCGCUGCCUCCCGAGGACAUGCCACCCCUGAAGUUCGAAGAAAUGACCGGAGGGAUCGUGGCGCGGGUAACAGCUCCCAGCUACGGCAUGCAGAGCGAGUUGAGGAUAAACCUGCGGAAUCUCCAGUACGGCCAGUCGCGUGGCAUGUUCCUCAGCAUCAGCGGUGCUCCCUCCGAUAUCAAGGACGAGAAGCUGACAGUCGUGGGGAUCCUUACGUGCAUCCACGUUGAUGAGCCGCAGGGUCCCAAACUGACCACUGCGUGCUCAUUGCAGUCCCGCUGCGACCCAAGUCGGGCAGGAAUAAAUCUUCCAGAUGCCUACGUGGCAUGCCACGAGUUCCGGCCGCGCAUCUGCCAAUGCCUAUCGUACAUCCUCGCCGUCCCGGGCUCCGGGGUCCAUGUGCUCUUCGGUAAGAGGAAGUUAUGUGGUUUCCAGGACGAACUCAAGAAACUCGUCGCCUCGCCCCCAGCGAACAAACCCCACGACAACCCCUCCAACAUAUCGCUGCUCAAGGACCUUGUCGGCGAGGAGCCUCAGGGACAAGUAUUCCUCGCCCUAGGAAGCGACGAAUACAUGGCUACAUGGGGAAGGCACUGCCUGCCUGCCUUCCUGGGCGCCAACGGACUGCAGCAGUGCAAUUCAUUCAAGUAUCUGGGGCCACUUCAGUACGGCGCCGCCAGUCCCCUGUUCGUCACGUGCCGCGACCGCCUCAACUCAGCGUUCGAUAACCUGCCAGUCUCGGAGCCGAGCCCGACGACGCAGCCACGCAAGGCGAGACUAUCCUCGACAUCAUAUGCGCUGGAUUCGUCCUCGUCGCCGCCGACGCACCGCCGAGUAAUAUCCAUGUCGCGCUACAGCCGAGCUGACGGCCCUUGUUUUGCCGGGUCGACGCCUGUAGAGCUCGCAUCGGGCCAGUCGGUGGCCGUGAGGAAGCUGCGGAGGGGCACAAAGGUCCGCACGCCCGUGGGUCCGCGCAAGGUGGCCGCUGUCGUCAAGACACACGUGUCGGGCCAGAUAAUCUGUCGUAUCGGCGGGCGAAAUGAGAGUAGGUGUAUAUUGGUGACGCCGUGGCAUCCCAUCUCCGCAGACGGGGGAAAGACGUUCGCCUUCCCUGCGACCCGGGACGACGCCCACCCCGUAAUGUACACCGGACCGGUCUACUCGGUCCUGCUGCAGAGAGAUACGAAUGCAUCCGCUCACGCGAUCCGCAUCGGCUCAGCGUCGACGGCCAUGUGGGGCGUCACGCUAGGCCAUGGGCUCGUCACCGGGCCUGACGUCCGCGCACACACCUUCUUGGGGGACUACAACCGCGUCGGAAAGGCGCUGAUCGCGCUGGGCCCCCGGCGUAGGGGGUUUUUCUGCAGCGGCGGGGUGGUCAGAGACCGGGCGACAGGGCGGAUUUCAGGAUUCAAGAGGGCCGGCGGCGAGGGCGAACCUGCCGCCUUCAAAGGUACAAAUAGCUUCUACUUUUAUAAGUGUCGGUUUCGCAAGACUAGGAGCAUAGGCCGUGAGCAUGGUACAAGAAUAUAA